GUUGGCACUUGAACGCACCAUCAUGCUGCAUCAGCCAGCGGUGCGGCUGUGAGCCGAGUGGUCGCCGAGUCCGGGCCGCCCCCGUACUGCCCUGACAUGCAGUCAUGGAGGACGACUGUGCGUGCGAGUACGACUCGACGUGGGACACCGAGAGUGAUGGAGAGGAGCCGGCCGGGGACGGCCAGAGCCACCGCUCCAGCCAGGACAAGAACAAGUCGAGCUGGACUCUCGUGACGUGGCACCACACGCCCCGGAACAUGCGAGCGGCCAAGGACAUGCAGAACUACAGGAGAGGGUACCCGAACCUGACUGAGGACGACUGCCCCGAGGACAAAAUGAAUAACCUGCAGUUUUACCUCAACAAGUUCCCGUCUGCACCCGACGACGUCUUCAUCGAGUCGUUCCUGAAAGAGUGGAAAAAUGACUACAAGAGGCUGGAGCGGGUUCAUUCCUAUAUACAGUGGCUGUUCCCCCUGAGAGAGCCGGGCGUCAACUACAUGGCCACGGAGCUCACCAAGAAGGAAAUCGAGGCGUUCAAGAACAGCGAGGACGCCAAGCGGAGGCUGGUGGAGUCGUACGAGCUCAUGCUGGGCUUCUACGGCAUCCGCCUGCUCAACAAGGAGACGGGGGAGGUGAGGCGGGCGGAGAAUUGGAAGGAGCGCUUCGGGAACCUGGAACGGAAUAUGCACAACAAUCUGCGCAUCACUCGCAUCCUGAAGAGCCUGGGGGAGCUGGGCUUCGAGCACUACCAGGCUCCACUGGUGCGCUUCUUCCUGGAGGAGACUUUGAUCAAGAAGACCCUCAGCAGCGUGAAGCGCAGCGUGCUGGACUACUUCCUGUUCGCCGUGCUGGACAAACACAAGCGGCAGGAGCUGGUGCGCUUCGCCUACCAGCACUUUGAGCCAAAGGAUAAAUUCGUGUGGUGUCCCAGGAAGAUUCAGAAGCAGUUCCGCAAGGCAGAGAAGAGAUCAGAAGCCGCCGGGAACGGAGAGGGACGGGAGGAUUCGCAGGUGCGAGCGAAAAGCAAAGAUGGCGACGCAGCGGCGGAGAAGACUCCGAAGGGAGCUGAGAAAACAAGUAAAGGCAAGGCCAAACCGUCGGAGUCGUCCGUCGACUCCAAGUCAGAAGCUUCAGAAGGUCUAGUCGACAAAGUGGAGUCGAGCAACGGGACCGACUCCGUCGACGACAUGGAUCAGUCGACAAGCCCCGAGAAGGAGUCGAAACUCCACCCCAAGUUUGCCACCGACUCUAUUCAGGAACCCGACAUCAUUAUGCAAACCGACGACGGCACGGAGAAGCCGUCCAAGAAGAAGAGAGAGGACGACGCUGCGCUGACCAACGGUGCGGCGAAAGACUCCGAGGGGAAACCCGCCGCCGGCACGACCAGCCCGUCAGCCCAGACCCCCGUGAAGAACUCCAAACACUCGCCGUCCCUCUCGUCGGGGCGGGAAGAGAAAAUCCCCAGGACGGACUUCAGCGAAGUUCCGGAGAGAGAGCGAGCCUUGGACACGUGCGGCUCGCAGAUGAGCACGGACAACAACACGGACCUGGACGAGAAGAAGUCGGACGAUAUCGACAUGGAGUCCAACCCCGACAACUCGGAUUGAGUUAGAUGACUGGACAUAGUGACAUUUCAAUGAUGUGGGCCUUAUUUUACAUUCUUUUCUCAUAGGAUUAAUUUAUUACUUUUGAAAAUAGGAGACUGAUUGAUGGCUCAUUGAUGUGAGUUUUACUCUGUGGAGGAGCAGCACCUCCAGCUGUGUCCACGGCAACGUCGCCCGGAAGCUGUCAGAAGGAGAUCAGUUCUCAAAGGAACCUUCCGUCAAUGGCUCACACAACCUGUUUAUUUCCGCUGUUUUCUUUGGCCACUCCGAUCAGACUUUGAACCUCACUGAAAUCUUUUUAUCACUUUAUAUGCGACUCAACUUGGGGUCUGUCCUGAGCGCCUUCGCUGAUGUUCCUGUUCUUUUGUGUGAAUGUCACUCGUGUUUCCAAAAUGUUGCACAGUCUGCUCGUCUCCCUGCAGAUUCCGGAAGCGUCUGUCCACGACUUGCCAAAAAAAAAAAAAAAAAAAGAAAAUUGAUUGUAAAUUGUCCGUGUUUACUGAAUCGACAAGACGUUUCUUAUGUAUUUUUAUUCUAAUGUUCCAUGAGCCACGGCAUUUGACUUUUUCUGACCUUUGCACUUCGUUCAGAAGAGAUUAACACGAUCAAACGGCGGUACCUUUCUAUACGACCUCUCCCCACAUGAUGAUACCUGGCUGUGAAGGAGAAUAAAGCUAUUCUAUUUUCUGACCGGUUGUUUUGUAACUCCCCUCCUCCCACCCCCAGCACGGAAUGCUUCCAGAAAUGUUUUAUUUUUGCACCCUGCUGUGAGUCAUGACAGAAGGCUGGACGAGAGUUCUCUUACACAAUGCUGCUCCAGAGCGUUUGGGCCACGAAUAGAACUCUGGUUGGUAAGACGGUAGACAGCCUGCUUCUUCCUCCGCAGUGACCUCAUCGAUCAUCCUCCCGAGUCAGCAGCUGAGUUUUGACAGCCAUCAUACCUUGCAUCAACAGUUCCUCUCCAGGUGUGUGUUCAUCGUCCUGUUCUCCGUCUCCGCAGAUGACAUCGCCCUGAUCCGACUUGGAGAAGGCCCUGCAAUAAGAAGUGAACAUCAACAGCGCCAUCACCAUCUGGUUUGCUGCUGCAACCACACACUGCACCUGACAAAGUAUGAUGCUAGUAAACAGUGCUGUGUGUGCCUCCAUUUUUUUUUGAUAGACUGCCUUCAUCCUGAGGAGAAAAUUGGUUUAUUAUAGUAAACAUUAAUAAAGAGCACUUGUAGUGUCAUUGUUGCCUAAUAUUAGUGGCUGCGCUGGCUUUUAAGGUUCAGCCAGAUGUUUCUCUUGUCUUGACGUGAAGCUGAGCUCCAGGAAAAGAGACCUACAUAGUUCCUGACUUGACCCAAAUACUCGAAUGUAAAUG